UAUAAAUUAAGUAAAAUGGAGAAACCCUUGCUGCCUUAUUAUGAAUUUGAGAGGAGGCUUAGGAAGGAAUCUGUAGGGUUGUGACUGAGAGUACUUGGAGAGGAAGCUCUUAAGUCUGAUAAGUGAUAUGUUGAACUUGAGAAUGUCAACAGAUGAUUAUUGAACCUUCAUAAAGAUAAAUUCUCUGGGGAUAAAUUUCAUGAGUGCAGGUUUACAGUCAGCAGUGCUUCCAGGAUAUUGGUGAGGAAGUUCAAAUUCGAGCCUAAAAUGAUCAAGAAGGAAAUUCAAGGCAUGGCUGAAAGAUGUGAGAGCUGGGAUUAUGAAGGCUAAGCUUUCCAUAGGGAUUU